AUGCUGGUUGUGUGCCGCUCUCCCAUCAGGAACGACACCAGCCAGGUGUUCAUAGCGAGCAUCAGCGCGAUGGUGAUGGGGCUUACCCUGUGCCUCGGCCCCACGGCAGCCCUUACCUCCAUCACGGGCGGUGAAUGGGUCCUCGGUGACGGCUUAUGCACGGCACAGAGCUUGCUCCUAAUGGCCAUUCUGUCAGCUCUCUCGGUCAUCAUGUUCAUCUUUUCGCUAGAGAGGUACGUCUUUGUAGCGCACCCCCUCCGGUAUCCGGUAGUGGUCACUGUUGGCCGGACUCGAGGAGCUGUUGCUGGCAUGGCAGUUAUUGGCCUCCUCGGUGCACUGUUCUGUGGGUUCCUGUCGGAUUGGCGCGGCUUUUACACGUCCUCAUGGCACGCCUGCGUGCCAUACUUCAGCAACGAGAUCACACGGUCUCUUUUCCUGUGCUCCUACCUCGUGGUUAAGUUGAUUCCAGCAGUCUUGGGCUACGCUGCCCACUGCUCCCUUCUCCUGAUCGCCAGGCGACACCUGCGUCGCAUCAUCGCCGACAUACCGUCACACAACAACGCCUGCGCUGACCCGAAUCCAAGCCGGGCCGCGGUCAUGAUAAGCCGCCGACUCAAGAUGAAUAUCGCCCGCUGGGUCAUGUUGACUUUCUUCGCUCUUUUCUUCCUCGCUAUGGAUUUGCUUCCAGAUCUAGCCUGCCUUUAUCCCAUACCAAACUACCUGGUGCUCCCUGGCAAUAUAGCCUUUCUGUUUGUUUCCUGUUUCCUACCCGUGGCUCACGUGUACAGCAACAGAUGCCUGAGGCGCACAGCCAGACAGCUACUUGCUCAUUGUUUUUUCAAAAAUGACAGUUCCCAAAGUGUUGUGGUAUGA